ACUGUGGAAACGAAAGACGGUCCGAGUGUACUUGGUGGAUAUUUUCUCUUGAGCUCUCUAUUAGCCAGAAGAAAAAGGAAAUGGCAGCAAUUGUUACUGGUCUGAUCCCCAUUCUCCGCACAGCAGUAGACGCCACCACUACCUACAAGGGGCGCACCGUGUGGUUCGGCUUUCUCUGUAUUCGCCUUGUGACGCUUUUUGUGGCUGAAAUGCCUUGGUUCAAACUGGACUCAGACUUCAGCUGCAAUAUCACAAAGGACAGCCUGUGCACUAGAUCCUGCUUCAACCAGCACUUUGACAAGCCUGUAGUAAUGGCAUGGAACUAUAUUUUCGUCCUCCUCAUCCUGUCAGUCCUGCUCAUGGAGCUCUUCACUGCCCACCUACACUCGGUUUACCAGAAGAAGAGUUGUAGAGAGAAGAAUGGUGUGGAACUUGAAUCUCUGGGUGAGCUAAAAAGUUCAAGUGACCCUGGCAAUAGCACAGCAGGGGUGAUGUUCCUAGACAUGCACGCAAGCAGAAACGCGGUGCUCUUCUACCUGUUCAGCGUCAUGCUGCGGAUUUUUGUAGAGUUUUGGUUUGUGUACGUUCUGCUUUAUUGGAAUUUGCCUAAACUAAACAAUAGUGUGUUCAUAUGUAAGAGUAGUGUUCAAGGAUGUCCAGAUCAGGAGUGUUUGGUGAGGUCUAUGGCAGAGAAAUGCAUGUCUAUCUAUGCUCUUGUGUCCAUUUCUGUGCUGGUCAUCAUCAGCAGUUGUGGAUUUUGUGUCUACUUCAUUGCCCAUUACUUGUGUAACUGUGGUUUCAAAGGACUCCAGUGUGAAAAUUCAUGGAUUUCAAAGUAGGAUUUAGAUUCUCUGAACAAGUUUGGUCUUUCAUUCAUGUAUUUUCUUUUUGUUUUUAUUAAAAAUUUUCCAUUCAGCUUAAAUUUUGUGUUUAUCUUAUCUUUUGAAUAGCAUUGUUUCUUUUUUCUUCCUGUCUUUAACUGACUUGUGAAAUGUGUAGCAAUAAAGGGUGUUACAGUGUAA